GAUGUGGCUUGUAUUUAUGUUCCAUUGGGUACUACUAUGUAAUUAACACCAAUAGCUGAUUUUGCGCUUCAACAACAUUUACAUUUUAGCUGAAGGCUGCCUUGUGAACUGCCGCUCUAAUUAGCUUGCAAUUCCACAGCAGAUCAUUUCAGCAAAAUGAAUUCCAACCACCAGCAGCAUACUGGGCAGAUAUUGUACGAAGCAGGCCAACCACUGCCGGAAGAUCACAUCCGAAACAUCAGGCAAUCGACCAACAAGCCUGAAACGCCAGCAAAACCCACAUUUGGCCUGGAUUCUCCGAAAGGGUUGCUCGCCUCGAACGUUACGGCGCCCAUUUACCUCCACGCGUCACUGCGAGGCAAACAUGUCGUCUGGGACAAGCUUCUCUCCGAGGUCCCAGAUAGCCUCUUCUACCAGCCUGCCCUAGAUGUCGGCUGCGGCCGGGGUAUGGUGCUGCUCAAGAUUGCGCAGCGCAAGAAGGACCUUGCCGCCGCUGGAUCCGGAUCCUCCAAUUACCCGGAGGUCCACCCGGCGUACGGGAUCGACAUCUUUAAUUCGGAGGACCAAACCGGCAACUCCCCCGUCGCGACAUACAAGAACGCAGCUGCUGUGGAAGUUCUCGACUACGCUGUUCUGCACACCGCAAGCUUCACGGAGAGGCUCCCUUUUGCGGACGGCGUCUUCUCCCUGGUCACGUCGAGUCUGGCGAUACACAACGUUUCCCGGGACGGGCAGGCGGCGGCAGUAAAGGAGAUUGCAAGGGUCUGUGCCCCAGGAGGCAGAGUUAUCAUCGUAGAUCUUUUCCGAGUGAAGGACCACAGCGCUCUUCUGAGAGACAUGGGUUGGAAGAACGUGCGGGUUAAGGGAGCGGGAAUACGAAUGUUGUUUGGAAUUCUGCCUUGUCAGAUUCUGACCGCAGUAAAGCCUGAAACUGUGGCAUCAGAAAUAGCAUAAGUUGUAUCAGAGCAACCCCCCAAGAUGUUAAGAUAUCUUACCUGACGGUGGAAAAAUGGGAGGACUGCGCCAAAAUCGCUCUCGGAGGUGUUUAGGGAGUUCGAUACGCCCUCCUGCUAUCUGGGUAGCACGAGGAUAGGCGUGCUGCAGACAAGGUACGGCCUGGUGGGUUCGGGGACCUGCAAGGACAGUCGGGCGAUCACCAAGGAGUUCGUCGAGGCUAGGGGGCGCGUUUUCCACAUCAAUAUCCGGUUGAGGUCGGCUCUUCUCUUGUCUAACAAGUUUCUAAAUGUUGCUAGAAUAAGAGAUUAAGAGUGUGCAUCGCACCUAGCCCCAUGCUUCACUGGGCACGGAGAGUAAUAAUUACGACAUCUUUUCAAC